AUAGCAUGCACACAUAAUGCUUAAACUCAGACUGUACUUCUCAGUCAACAACUGCACCAUGUUUCCAUAUGUUUUUCUUCUCCUCAUUGGUCUCCCUUUGGCUGGUGGCAUGGAGAGUAGUAUUAUUGGAGGAAAAGAGGCUAUACCUUAUUCCAAGCCCUAUAUGGCAUCGAUUCAGAGGGGCAAAUAUCACACAUGUGGAGGGAUGCUGAUCAGAGAGGAUUAUGUACUAACAGCGGCCCACUGUUUGAAUCGCAGUGAUUUUUCUAGUCGAGACUACUUUGAGGUCGUUCUGGGAGCUCACAACAUCAACAAGGUGGAGAGGAGCCAGCAGAGAAUCCCAGUGAUUAAAUACAUCCGACAUCCUUUGUUUGAACAAAACAACGAGAAGGAUUACACCUAUGAUAUCAUGUUACUAAAGCUGAAGAAGAAAGCCAAGCUAAAUGCAUUUGUGAAAGUUAUGCCCCUUCCUAAGAAAAAUGAAAAAACACCAGCUAACGUUAAAUGCUCCAUUGCUGGUUGGGGUUCAAAAAACCCCCAAACAUUUCAGAGUUCUGAUGUGAUGCAGGAGGUCAGUCUCAAACUGCAGGAGAACUCAAAAUGUAAAAAUAUGUGGCAGCAGUACUUCAACUCUGAGAUUAUGAUCUGCAGUGUUUCAGAUGGAAAACAUGCUUUUUGUAAGGGGGAUUCAGGAAGUCCUCUUAUCUGCAAUGCUAUACCACAAGGAAUUGCUUCAUAUACCAUUGAGGGUGACUGUACAAAUACAACAUAUCCUCAAGUUUAUGUUAAAAUCUCCUACUUCCUCUCCUGGAUUAAAAAGAAAAUGAAAAUGAAUGAAUGAAUAAAUAUGUGUG